AGUAUCGGCACGAACAGACCCAUUAACGAAGCCUACAAGCGUCGCCUUUGCCAGAUCUUCAAAGAACUAGGAGUCCUUCGGCGAGAUGUAAGCCAUCGGUUGCAGGUCGCUUGCACCAAAGCGCAAGUACAGAAAAUUGAGAAUGCCUGCGAUGCUGAUGUGGAAUUGCUUUCGUUCGAAGACUGGAGUAGCGUUGUCGGAGAGAAGGCAGAGCUCAUGGCGGGCAACCACCGGGUGGAAGCGUUCAAAGAGUAUCUGCAGUGUUUAAAGUUGUCGCAAUCGGAGCGAUGGUGGGCGUGCGACGUUUACGAUAAAGACGCGCUACCUGCACAUCUGCACAUCAAGCUACGAGCGAAUCGGGAAGACACUAUUUUGCCAGACAACCACGGCCAGAUAUGGACGGAGCUCGCAACAUUGUCCUCCAAGGAUCCUAGGCUGUUCCAGGACUCGAACACAGUAGUAGAGAAGCAAAUGCUACAGCAUCUUGGGCUUAGCGGCCGGGUAAAGUUCCCAGUGCGGCGGCUGGCCACUUUGUGGAAAAACACGAAUUGGAACCCAAGGAUCACAAGGUGGUGUCAAUUCCCGAUUGGGCAAGCUACGUUUACUAUCUCUACUUUUGAAUGGAUGGCAAGCUGCAGGAUAGACGAUUUUUGGUUCUCCGCAUUUGACCAGGUUAUUGAAGUGAUUUCUCAGAUCCGCAGCCAAUUCAGCUUUGAUGUCCAAUUGAGCAAUUGGAAUAAGCUAGCAGGUCUUCCGCAAACGCGUAGCCGGGAAGAUGUACAGGGUCUAUUCUUCCCUAGUUUGGAGUCAGACACAGAUCCUGGUCCCUCGAGUACUCGUCCACGAGAUUUCCUUUCGGCCAUCAGCGACGAUGCAUACCACAGUUUUUACAACUUUGUCCUCUUAGCGCCAACACGUCGCUUCGUCGAUAUUCAGGCACUACUCAGGACUACAAAGCAAGAAGGAAAGCUUAUGAGCAUUGUGAUAGCUCAUGUUGGGCAGUGGAUGAGC